GAUUUUUUCAACGGUCAUCCAGAAUUUUUAACGAGCUCCUUUAUUUUUAUUCAAUUUUUCCCUUAAUUUACAUGAGAUUUCAACUGGAUUUGAUGUCACAAUGAACAGAAUAACUCCAGCAAAAACUCCGAUGAGUAGUCGUCUUGCUCUGAAGACGCCUCAGAGAAAAGCGAAUUCCGCAAAUAGCUUGAACCGGGAUCCCGUGCAGGUCUAUUGUCGCAUUCGUCCGAUGCAAUCUGAUGCGGAUUUGAGUUGCUUGAAGGUCAUUUCGCCCACAACGGUUGUCUUGACGCCGCCCGAAUUCGCUGUCAACUACAAAGUUGGCAAUUUGAAGGAAACGCAAUGCACUUUUAGUCAAGUUUUCGAUGCGGAUUCGAAGCAACGCGAUGUUUACAUGUCUGUCGCGCAGUCCUUGGUGGAAAAUCUCAUUCGGGGCAAGAGCGGGCUGUUGUUCAGCUAUGGCGUAACGGGCAGCGGGAAAACUUACACAAUGACGGGCGACGUAAAACAUCGAGGAAUCAUGCCGCGAUGCUUGGAUGCGCUUUUCAAGACAAUUUCCGACUAUCAAACGAAGAAAUUUGUCUUUAAGCCAGACCGAAUGAACGGUUUUGAGAUUUUGUCGGAAGCGGAUGCAAUGUUGGAACGUCAAACGGAGCUGAAUUCGAAUCUUUUCAAGGGACGUCGAAAGGAUUCCGAUCCGGAAAUUGCUUCGCAGGCAUCCACUGACGCUGAUAUCUUGCCGGGAGUCGACGAAGACAACAUGUAUGCCGUUUUUGUGACGUAUGUCGAGGUCUACAACAACUCUGUGUUCGAUUUGCUCGAAGAACCGUCGACCAGCAAUAUGCGCCAAGCAACGUUGCAAAGUCGCGUGAUCCGCGAAGAUGCAAAUCACAACAUGUACGUGCAUGGCGUGACGGAACUCGAAGUGAAAUCGGUCGAACAAGCGAUCGAAGCAUUCCAACGAGGUCAAAAACGCAAGAGAGUCGGUCAUACAAUUCUCAAUGCAGAGUCAAGUCGCAGUCAUUCCGUGUUUACGAUCAGACUUGUGCAAGCCCCGACAGAUGCGCAAGGCGAAUAUGUCGUGCAAGACAAACAAACCGUUACCGUGAGUCAGUUGUCGUUGGUAGACUUGGCAGGAAGCGAAAGACUCAAUCGCACGAAGAACACGGGACAGCGAUUGCGGGAAGCGGGCAACAUUAACAACUCGUUGAUGACCCUGAGAACGUGUCUGGAGGUGUUGCGGGAGAAUCAGAUGACGGGCGGAUCGAAAAAAGUCCCGUAUCGCGACUCGAAAUUGACGAAUUUGUUCAAAAACUUUUUCGAUGGCGAGGGAAAUGUGCGGAUGAUUGUUUGCGUUAAUCCCCGUGCCGAAGAAUAUGAUGAGACUGUGCAAGUCAUGAAAUUCUCCGAAAUGACUCAAGAAGUGCAAAUCGCUCGUCCAACCCCAAUGAAAACUGCUUCCGACAUCGGAUUUACGCCAGGUCGCCGCAAGGCAAACCAAAUAUUCAAGAAAGCCGUCGACAACUUGGAGGAAAAUGGCAAACCCGAAGCUCGUCUCUUCGACAUCGAUCUCGGUUUAGUGUACAGCCUUGGUCCGAGUUUCCCGAAUUACCGUCUCGAUUCUGUCGAAAAUGAACGUGUCAUCUACGAUUUGAUGAAAUUCCUGGAGAACCGCAUCGAGAAGCGUCGCGUGCUGCUGGACGACUUCAAUAAACGCCAAGACGCCUUCCGCUUGCAACUGAUGCAUCUGGAGAAGGAAAAUCUCAUGCUCAAGUCGGAAAGUUCUUCAAUUAAAGCAACGCUGAAGAUGGAACGUCAGAAAAAUGGCGCCCUGGAAAAUCGAAUUAUCAUUCACGAGAGAUCGCUCGACGACUUGAAUCGCAAAUUGAAGGAAGUCACGCAGGAAAAUGACUUUUUGCGUCAAACGAUGGACGAAAAACAACGCGCUUUGCUGCAAAAAGAGAAGGAAUGCGAAAAUACGAAGAAAAAAUAUGCCGCAAAAGUCGGAAUGGAGAAGAACAAGAUGGAAAGUGAGCUGGAGCAGCGUUUGCAACAACAACGCAGUAAAUUUGAGGAAAAAUACAAACAAGAUGCGAAAAAAUUGAAGUUGGUAUCGAAGAUUUUGAAUAGUACGGAAGUGAAUGUUCCAUCGUCAUCGCGUAGCAGCGAUUCGGGAGAGACCAUGAUGAAAGCUUCGGAUGUCGUUUAUCGCACUCCAAAUGCCAAAACGAUUCAUCGGGGUCUUGCUGUGGCAAAUCCCCGUCAUCGUCGCUCCAAAUCAGCUGAUCGCUGGCUCGAGCAUCGCGACAAAAAAACCGUCCCCUUGGGCACGAUCUUCCAACCUUACUACAAGGCCCGCAAAUCGGUCACGCAAGUCGAGGAACAAGACCUGAAGGAUGCCGCCAACGGGAAAUAUUGCCUCAUCGAUCAAGUGGCAGACACAGAUGGCGAAGUCGAGACACGCAUCUACAAGGGAGACAUCAUUCCGACAACGGGAGGCGGUGCUCAGGUAGUAUUAAAUGACGUUGAAUUGCUUAAACAAUUUUCACCAACUUCGCCAUCGCGGCAACAUCAACAAGAAAACGCGCGAAAACGGUCCAUUGACGACACCGAAACACCCUCGAAGCGGAUCACGGCGCCAAAUCUCGCCGAAAAGUGCGCGCAAGCCAUCGAAGGUCACAGCAAGAAGAAGAAGUUAUACAUGUAAGAUCGAAAUUUCACUGGAGUGAUCGGAUUUUUCGCCUUUUUUCUGAUUUUUUGUAUUUUGUGAUAUAAUUUUCGUGUAAAUACCCGACAAUGUUACUUAAUAAAAGGUAUGAAAGUAUUUUUCUCUGAC